CUUGAACACAAAAAUGGGAGAACCAAAAGGUAGUCAAAAUGCAACUUAUGAAGCACCGGAAAAUCAAGUACCGGCGAUUCAGUCGCCGAAAAAACGUCGUUCAAACAAAUAUGCUAUGUACUGUGCGACCUUAGCUUCUAUGUCUUCAAUUUUAUUGGGUUAUGAUUAUGGAGUGAUGACUGGAGCAGCAAUAUCCAUCAAAGAAGAUCUCCAUAUAAAUGACACUCAAGUAGAAAUCCUAGUUGGAACCCUGGGAUUCUACUCUCUUAUUGGUUCAGCAGCAGCUGGAAGAACUUCUGAUUGGAUCGGACGUCGCUACACAAUAGUCUUCGCCGCUGUAAUUUUCUUCAUAGGAGCUCUAAUGAUGGGUCUCGCCGUAAAUUAUGCUUUUCUCAUGGCAGGCCGUUUCGUUGCCGGUAUCGGCGUUGGCUACGCUCUCAUGAUCGCUCCUGUCUACACCGCUGAGGUGUCACCCGCUUCGUCUCGUGGCUUCUUAACAUCCUUCCCUGAAGUCUUCAUCAACUUUGGAAUCUUGCUGGGAUACGUCUCCAGCUACGCCUUUUCUAGAAUUCCACUCUAUUUGAGCUGGCGUCUCAUGCUCGGAAUCGGAGUGAUUCCGUCGGUGUUAUUGGGGGUUUGUGUACUCGCCAUGCCCGAGUCACCACGUUGGCUUGUUAUGCAGGGUCGACUCGGCGAUGCCAAACGGGUUCUUGACAAGACCUCCGAUUCCAAAGAGGAAGCUCAGCUGCGACUCGCCGAUAUUAAGGAGGCAGCACGGAUUCCGCCGGAAUGCAACGAUGAGAUCGUGACUGUAUCAAAACAGAGCCACGGCGAAGGUGUAUGGAGAGAGCUUCUCCUCCGUCCUACACCGUCCGUACGACGUGUCCUAAUCGCCGGUGUUGGUAUUCAUUUCUUCCAAGCAGCUACAGGAAUGAGUACCGUGGUGUUGUACAGUCCACGGAUCUUCGAGAAAGCUGGGAUCACCAGUGAUAACAAGAAGCUCGCAGCAACCGUGGCCGUUGGAUUUGUUAAGACGAUCUUCAUCUUAGUGGCUACUUUCUUCUUAGACAAGGUGGGACGGCGACCGUUGCUUCUGAGCAGCGUUGGAGGAAUGAUUAUCUCAUUGUUGGGUCUCGGGUUCGGGUUAAGGAUUGUGGACACUCACCCGAAUGAGAAGAUAGUGUGGGCCAUGGCGUUGUGUAUAACGACGGUGUUGUCUAACGUGGCUUUCUUUUCGAUUGGGUUGGGCCCCGUUACGUGGGUGUACAACUCGGAGAUAUUCCCGUUGAGGCUGAGGGCGCAGGGGGCGAGCAUUGGGGUGGCGGCGAAUCUGGUGACGGGAGGAAUUAUAUCCAUGACCUUCAUAUCUCUCUACAAUGCCAUCACCAUCAGUGGUAGCUUCUUCUUGUUCGCCGGAAUAGCAAUUGUGGCAUGGAUCUUCUUCUUUACAUUCCUGCCGGAGACCCAAGGGAAGACCUUGGAAGAGAUGGAGGGGCUGUUUGGCAAGUUUGACUGGAGGGACUCUAUCAACAGCAAAGUUAACAGCCAAGGCAAACAAGCCACAGCUACCACUAAUGGUGAUGUUCAGUUAGGCACAAAAGGGGGGUCUUAG